AUGGUGGCUCCCAAUUCCGAGGCUCCUUCGAAUCCUCGGAUAGCGGCCGUACACGAGAGCCCCUCCGCCGCCGAGGCGCGCCACAGCGCUGAUCUUUACAUACGUACCAGUUGGGUGGAUGCCGCCCUCGCUCUCUCCGAACUUGAAAAGGGUAAUAUAGAAGGCGGGAGAACUUCACUGUGGAUCCGAGCGUGGCUUCAAGAACAGCUGUUUAUAUUAGGCUGCUUUCUACAAGGGGACGCCGGAAAAGUUUUAUUUGUUGCCAUCUUGGUCUUGUCCACGUUUUGUGUUGGCCUCAAGUCAGCUCAAAUACACACAAGAGUGGACCAACUCUGGGUUCAAGAGGGCGGUAGAUUAGAAGCUGAAUUGAAGUAUACAGCUCAGGCGUUGGGUGAGGCGGACUCCUCGACGCACCAGCUAGUAAUACAAACUGCCAAAGAUCCAGACGUCUCGUUACUGCAUCCGGGUGCGCUACUAGAACACCUAAAGGUGGUACGUGUAGCGACUGGCGUGACAGUUCAUAUGUACGAUAUCGAGUGGCGUCUCAAAGAUUUGUGUUAUAGUCCAAGCAUACCUGACUUUGAAGGCUAUCACCAUAUUGAGUCGAUCAUCGACAACGUUAUUCCUUGCGCGAUCAUCACACCCCUCGAUUGCUUCUGGGAAGGCUCCAAGUUGCUAGGCCCUGACUAUCCUAUUUUUGUACCUCAUCUCAAACACAAGUUACAAUGGACACAUUUGAAUCCACUGGAAGUGUUAGAAGAAGUAAAAAAAUUAAAGUUUCAAUUCCCGCUGAGCACAAUGGAGGCAUACAUGAAGAGAGCGGGCAUCACUUCCGCCUAUAUGAAGAAACCGUGCCUAGACCCCAGCGACCCGCACUGCCCUGCCACGGCGCCGAACAAGAAAUCCGGACAUAUUCCAGAUGUAGCGGCCGAACUAUCGCACGGGUGUUACGGUUUCGCAGCAGCUUAUAUGCACUGGCCAGAACAGUUAAUCGUGGGAGGAGCUACAAGGAAUUCCACGUCGGCUUUACGAAGCGCACGCGCCUUACAAACCGUUGUACAGUUAAUGGGCGAGCGAGAAAUGUACGAGUACUGGGCUGAUCAUUAUAAGGUACAUCAAAUUGGAUGGAAUCAAGAGAAGGCGGCUGCCGUACUGGAUGCCUGGCAGAGAAAGUUUGCCGCUGAAGUGAGAAAAUUAACUACCUCAGGAACAGUAUCGUCGGCGUAUAGCUUCUAUCCGUUUUCAACGUCGACCCUAAACGAUAUACUUGGAAAAUUCUCUGAAGUAUCAGUAAAAAAUAUUAUUUUAGGAUAUAUGUUUAUGUUAAUUUAUGUCGCCGUUACGUUAAUACAAUGGCGCGAUCCCAUUCGCUCUCAAGCUGGCGUUGGAAUUGCGGGUGUUUUACUACUUUCCAUAACCGUAGCAGCUGGAUUAGGAUUUUGUGCUUUAUUAGGUAUACCGUUCAACGCGUCGAGUACACAAAUCGUUCCCUUCUUAGCCCUCGGUCUGGGCGUGCAGGAUAUGUUCCUGUUGACGCACGCGUACGUGGAGCAGGCGGAGGUGUCGCGCGAGGAGCGCACCGGCCUCGUGCUGAAGAAGAGCGGCCUCAGCGUGCUGCUGGCGUCGCUGUGCAAUGUUAUGGCGUUCCUGGCGGCCGCGCUACUGCCUAUACCGGCAUUUAGGGUAUUUUGCUUGCAGGCGGCAAUCCUUCUGCUAUUCAACUUGGGCUCAAUGCUGCUAGUAUUUCCUGCGAUGAUCUCACUAGACCUUCGAAGAAGAUCAGCCGCUCGUGCUGAUUUGUUAUGUUGUUUGAUGCCUGAAAGUCCACUACCGAAGAAAAGAAUUCCGGAGCGAAAUAAAUCUAGAAAUUCGAAGAAUGAUAAGAAUAACAGGAUUGAUACAACUCGUCAACCUCUAGACCCUGAUGUUAAUAGAAACGAAACUAAGUCUUGCUGCCUAAGUCUGUCUCUUACCAAAUGGGUCAAGAACCAGUACGCGCCUUUCAUCAUGCGUCCCGCUGUUAAGGUAACAUCAAUGUUGGCCUUGAUUACGGUUAUAUUAGCAAGUGUUUGGGGAGCCACGAAAGUAAAAGAUGGUUUGGAUCUAACUGACAUAGUUCCAGAAAAUACUGACGAACAUGAGUUUCUUUCCCGACAAGAAAAGUUUUUCGGCUUUUACAAUAUGUAUGCUGUGACACAAGGCGAUUUCGAAUAUCCCACAAACCAAAAGUUGUUGUACGAAUAUCACGAUCAAUUUGUUCGAAUACCCAAUAUAAUUAAAAACGACAAUGGCGGUUUGACUAAAUUCUGGUUAAGUUUAUUUCGAGAUUGGCUGCUUGAUCUUCAAGCAGCAUUCGAUAAAGAAGUGGCGAGCGGUUGUAUCACUCAAGAAUAUUGGUGCAAAAACGCAACUGAUGAGGGAAUAUUAGCCUACAAAUUGAUGGUACAAACCGGCCAUGUUGAUAAUCCCAUAGACAAAUCCCUUAUAACCGCUGGUCACAGAUUAGUCGAUAAGGACGGCAUUAUAAACCCGAAGGCGUUUUACAAUUAUCUAUCAGCUUGGGCCACUAACGACGCAUUGGCGUAUGGCGCGUCACAAGGGAACUUGAAACCACAGCCACAACGAUGGAUCCAUUCGCCUGAAGAUGUUCAUUUAGAAAUAAAGAAGUCUUCUCCUUUAAUUUAUACACAGUUACCGUUUUAUUUGUCAGGCCUAAGUGAUACGGAUAGUAUAAAAACGUUGAUACGAUCUGUGCGUGAAUUAUGUUUGAAAUACGAAGCGAAGGGCUUACCAAAUUUCCCGUCUGGUAUACCCUUUUUGUUCUGGGAACAGUAUUUGUAUUUGAGGACAUCUCUCCUAUUAGCGCUGGCAUGUGCAUUAGCUGCUGUGUUCAUUGCGGUAAUGGUUCUGCUACUGAAUGCAUGGGCAGCGGUACUAGUGACCUUGUCUCUGGCGACGCUAGUGCUGCAGCUGUUGGGCGUGAUGGCGCUACUGGGGGUGAAGCUGUCCGCGAUGCCCGCGGUCCUGCUCGUACUGGCCGUGGGCCGCGGCGUGCACUUCACCGUACAUUUGUGUUUGGGUUUCGUAACAUCAAUAGGAUGUAAGCGUCGGCGCGCGUCUCUAGCACUGGAGUCAGUGCUGGCGCCGGUGGUGCAUGGCGCGCUGGCGGCCGCGCUGGCCGCGUCCAUGCUGGCCGCCAGUGAGUUCGGCUUUGUGGCGCGGCUGUUCCUGCGGCUGCUGCUGGCGCUGGUGCUGCUGGGUCUACUCGAUGGGCUGCUGUUCUUCCCCAUUGUAUUGUCUAUAUUGGGACCGGCCGCUGAGGUACGACCACUAGAACAUCCAGAACGCUUAUCCACACCGUCACCAAAAUGCUCUCCCAUACAUCAACGAAAGUCGAGCUCAAGUUCUGAUAAAGAAAAGUCGAGAACCAGCAAAUCUGCUCCAAGACCUUGCGCUCCUUCACUCACGACCAUUACAGAAGAGCCUUCGAGUUGGCACAGUUCUGCUCAUUCUGUCCAAUCGUCGAUGCAGUCCAUCGUAGUUCAACCUGAGGUGGUCGUUGAAACAACUACCUAUAAUGGCAGUGAUUCGGCUUCAGGGCGAUCGACACCUACCAAGACGUCGCACUCUGGAGCUAUUACUACUAAGGUAACUGCAACAGCAAAUAUUAAAGUAGAAGUGGUAACACCAAGCGAUAGAAAAUCAAGACGAUCAUAUCACUAUUACGACCGACGACGAGAUCGUGACGACGAUAGGGAGCGGGACCGGGACCGAGACAGAGAUCGUGACAGAGAUAGAGACCGAGACCGGGAUCGAGAUAGAGGAGAAAGGGACCGAGAUAGAUCACGAGAGCGAGACCGAAGAGAUCGAUACAGAGACGAAAGAGAACAUCGUGCUUCUCCAAGAGAAAACGGUAGAGAUUCAGGACACGAAAGCGAUUCUUCACGACAU